CGCAUGAGUCCGAGGGAGGUGCUGAGCAUGUAGCUGAUGCCGAGCAUGCGGAUGGUGCCGUCGGGCAAGGAAAGACAGAAGCUGCACCCGCUGGCGCUUCUCCGCCGGCAACUGAAAUGCUUGAAAUUGGCCAAACGCAACUUGCGUCUACUAACGCGCACGGAGUCUCCUCGUUUCUGUCGCGAAAGACGACGAAAUUUCCACUGCACCAGAUUACGGAAGGAAGUACCGCGUCGCGCCAUACUGCUUUUCAAGAUGAUGCCAAUAAGACGAGCAGCACAACGACAACUAAAACAGAAGCGAACAUCCCCCCGGAAACUGAGGGGACGAAGCAGGUGGAGGACGUGCUACGGGGCGCGUACGUCCAAGUGGUAACGCCACCGGACUACGCAGCGGCCAACUCGUCUACGGUUAUGGUCAAAGUUUUGAGGCCGGUGCGCAUGAAGAGCUUUCCCGAUUUCGAUUUAGAGCGCCUGGUCACGAAAACUAGAAAGAGCUACUUCGAUCUGCAUUCGCAUAAGCAGCAGCGUUGCCAGGACGGGUUUCGCCCACACUCUCCCAAGUUCGCGGGCUUCAUCAGACCGAGGCCGCAACAGGAUGAGCGUGCUGCCGUGGAAGUGGACCCGGAAAAGACCGAGAAGGACGAACAGCCGGUUGAAGGAGAGGCAAGUGCGGAAGACGCCGAAAAUGCGAACGCCGAAAAGGAGAAUCAGGAAGGAAAUGGUGCUGCGAACACAGAGACUAACCCAACUGAUCCCGAGCCGGAGCAGAAAAUUCAAGACGAUGACAAAGUAGCUGCCAGCAAUGGCACAGAGGAUCAAGUGGACGCCAGUAAAACUACAACUUCACAGCUUGCGAUUUCCCAAACAAGCACUCGGGGGCAUCAGGAGGCCGCGGAUGGGCCACUAGCUUCUUCGAAAGCAACAGCUUUUGAUGGCGGCGAGAAAGCGGAUGCAAUCCAGAAUGAUACGACGACGACCGCAGAGGCAGACGAGGAUCCCCAAGUACCAUCCGCGGACCAGAACCAAAGCGGGGACGCGGACCAAAACGGAGCUGCGGGUCAAGACGGCGACGGCGAUAAUCCAGAUGCGAUUACGACAAAAGAAGGCGGGGAAAGAUCUGCAGCAGACCAGGAAGAAAUGAAACCAUGGCCCACACUGCAUCUCACCUGCCCCGUCCACCAUCCGCGUCCGAUCGAUGCACUCUGCGAGGGCCCCGACUGCACCGAAGCUGACGAGGCAACCUGCUGCGGAGAACCAACCAACGAGCAGAGAUGCCUAGAGUCCGCGUCGACCGAGUGCGGUUCCUGCGUGUACGUUGCACAUUUGGACGAACCAACGCAGCACCCAAUCAAGGGCGGGCUUUGUGUUUGGGAUCGGGAGCCGGCGCAUGAUGACAUCACGGUAGAUCGUACGACAGUAGGCGAAGGCGACGCGACUAGCGGGGACGUACCGAAAGGCGAAACAAUAGGGACUGCUGACGGCAACACAGCGGAGGACGCAGCGAUCAACAAAGGCAUCGGCAAAGACGGCCGAAAACUCGUCUGCCGAGUUUCGCAGAAUGCCAAAGACCACUGCAACGCACUGCGUGAAGCGAAGGAGGCUGCAGCUGCCGCCGCUGCUGCAGCGGAAAACGCAGAAGCCGAAAAAGACGGCGCGCAGAAUGAAAACGAAGGCGCUGACAAUGCUGAAUACGGCGGACAGAAUAAUGAAUCUACAACGUCGGAACUAGCGAUAUCGCAAAGGCGUUUGCAAGAAAGUACUAAUCGCGUCGAUGAACAAACGUUACAUGCAACAGCAUUUGUGAAGAAGAGCAGGAGUAGCUCCAGCAGUGCAGGAAACAGUAGUUCUGUUCAGAGUACUAGCAGCACAAAUAAACCGGCACCAGAAGCAGGUGACGAUGCUGGAGAACCGACGAAGAGUGCUAGUGCAACGACCGGGUCCGCCGCCUCCGCGCAGGAAAAGGAAGAUAACACUAGUGAAACUGAGAAAGAACCUACAGAGGAACAAAAGGUUGAAAGUAGCAGUAGCAAAAGCAAAGAUACUGAGACAGGAGAGGUGGCAUCAGACAAGAAAGAUUCAAAAUCCGAACCCCAACAGGAAGAGAAGGCGAAGAGUGCGACCAACAAAGAUCCGGCACACGACAACGACAGUUGGAGGACGAUGCAGUCGUUGUUGUUCAAGAGGAAAAGAAAUAGGUUGAAGAAGGAUGGGGACGAAAUUCUCGAACCUGGGGAAAGAGCUUACACGAUCACCGAGGAACACAGAGAUCGCGAGCCCACUAAGUGGAAGAAUGGCGAGGUCUGGUUGCAAGGUCUGGAGAUCGAGUUUAAAAAUUCCGCGCCUCUGGCAAAAACGAAAAACGCCAGCACUUUCGCAGAGACUCCGGCAGAAGUGACGACCACGACGGACGUGACAAAAGAGGAAAAUCAAGCGCCAGGAAUCCCGGAACAGCACUUCGGGCCGCUAGCCAAUCGGAAAGCGCGGUUGGGGCGGUACUUCCCGGACACCGACGAGUAUGAGCUGUUCUUCGAGGAGGCGCUCAAGAUAUCCGUUUCGCACCUCCACAGGUCACAUCUCCAACCUGGCGAUCGACUGGAAUACUGCGGCGAAGACGGUGCGGUCAGCGCGGGCACCUUGGGAAGGUUUCACCCCGGCGGGCACAGCCGAGACGUCCUGCCCCUCGGUGCUGCGACCGCGGCGUCGUUCGAUGUGCACCUGCCCACGGGGCUGAAGAAAGUGCCCGUGGCCAAGUUCGUGGAGCACGGGCCCUGCGCAGAGGGGGC